AUGAUCGUUUUUUUGCAGCUUUACAGCGUGCCUUGGCGUCGUUCACCAGCUCUUGUUUACUCAGUCACUUUAUUUUCUCCCAUAGACCGGCACCGUGAUGAUGGCGGGCGCUCCCAAAGUGAUCGCGUAUACCGUUCUUCACGACGUGAUUAUGAUGAUGACCGUUAUAGACGUGAUCCCAGAGAUGACCGUUAUGGUGGCAAAUAUGAUGACUCUCGGCGCUCUGGGGGUUCUCGCCACGAGGAUGAUAGACGUCGCCGAGACGAUGAUUACCGUGGCUCGCGCGAUGAUCGUCGCGAUGACCGCCGUGAUGACCGUCGCGAUGACCGUCGUGAUGAUAAUAGAGAUCGUCGUGGUGAGGACAGACGUGGAAGAGACCGUGGACGGGCUGGAAGCAGCCUCCGGGAUGACGUCCCUACUCCUGAACGUCGCUCUCCUACUCCUCCAAGUGCUGUCCCAUUGUCAAAACGUCCCCGAAAAGCUUCAGGUUGGGACUUACAUGCCCCUGGUUAUGAGCAGUAUAACGCGAUUCAGGCAAAAGCCACAGGUCUGUUCAACCUUCCUGGAGCGAACAGAACACAGCCGAUUCCAGGCACGAUGCCACCACCAGCUGACGCACCUGUCCCCUCAGCGCCGAUAUACUUCCCGCAGGCGGCAGCAUUUGGUGGAGGCAACCCUAAUCUUGCCAGACAAUCUCGCAGGCUCUACGUUGGAGGCAUCACCUUCUCAGCAAAUGAGGAGAACAUUGGUUCUUUCUUCAACGCAAAGAUGGUUGAGACAGGCCUCGGAACGGGUGGCCCAGGUGACUCUGUGGUUGCCGUUCAAGUUAACCAUGAAAAAAGCUAUGCUUUCGUCGAGUUCCGUUCAGCCGAAGAUGCCACUGCUGCUAUGGCCUUCGAUGGCAUCGUUUUUCAGGGGGUAACGCUGAAGAUUCGCCGGCCCAAGGACUAUGCAGGGCCUGACCCUGUCGCGCCAUCCAGUUUCCAUGUUCCUGGCGUCGUCUCCACGAACGUUCCCGACUCUGCCAACAAGAUCUUCGUUGGUGGUUUGCCUACUUAUCUCAAUGAAGAACAGGUUAUGGAGCUGUUGAAGAGUUUUGGUGAACUAAAAGCCUUUAACCUCGUCAAGGAUAGCAGUACCGGCACUUCGAAGGGUUUCGCCUUCUUCGAAUACGUUGAUCCAUCCGUCACUGACAUUGCAACCCAAGGUCUCAAUGGAAUGGAAUUGGGAGAUCGCUUUUUGGUUGUACAACGUGCUUCCGUGGGUGCCAAGCCCGUUGUAGGCAUCCCCGGUAUGCCGACAGCCGAAGAGUACCAGACGGCUCUCACAGGUCGUCGUACCGUAAUCCCGCGCGCACUGGAUCCGUCAGAAACGAAUUCCCGCAUUUUGCUCAUGCUGAACAUGGUCACAACUGAGGAUUUGGUCAACGAUGACGAAUACCAGGACAUUCUUGGAGAUAUCCGAGAGGAAUGCGAAAGUUAUGGAUCCGUCGAAGACAUUCGUAUCCCUCGCCCCGUCAAGCGGGAAAAGAAAUGGUCUGCAGAUGCAGCGGCCUUGAUCGCUUCCCAGCGUCAAGCUGACGAGGAUGCAGGCGUUGGUCGGGUGUAUGUCAAAUUCGCCGAUACAGCUUCGGCGGGUAAGGCUCUUGCUGCGUUAGCCGGGCGAUCUUUUGCUGGGCGAUCUAUUGUUGCUACUCUUCUUGCCGAUGAUGCGGAUACAAGCCCGCCUCUGGCUGUCAUCUUUGCUCCUCCAGGUGCUUCCCUCGAUGCAAUCGCACCGCCACCACCUCCUGAUGACGCCUUCGCUCCGCCCCUUCCUCCAGGUGCCCCCUAUGCGCUGCUUACCGGGCAUGAACCUCCGCCACCGCCGCCUCCUACUGAUGCUCCUCCAAUUCCCCCAGAUGCGUACAUGUAUUGA